AUGGCUUCGUCGCGCGAGGGAGCAAACCCAUUACGUCCAUACUACGUUCCUCCCAUCGGACUCUCUCCCACCGACAGCGUCAACGCUUCGUCUGCCGCGCACAUUGUCUCUCAUGCAUCGUCAAGAACGACCAUAGGCGGCUCGGCAAGAGAUCUGCUGUCGGACUUGGAUUAUAGCGACUAUUUGGAUGCGUCGCCAUCAGUGUCGGACGGACUCAGGGAUCUUGUCGACCGAGCAGUAUGGAAAUACUCGAGCACGCUAUUAGCGCAGCCCUUCGAUGUCGCAAAGACCCUCCUUCAGAUAUACGUUGCACCAAGUGACGAGGAAUUCCAGGAUGUGGGCAGUGCUCAACGAAGGCAGGGCCAGCGCUUUCAGGACGACUCUUCGGACCAGGAUUCACAGUCGUCUGAUGAUGAGAGCACUUACUUCACCAGCACGGCUCCGACUACACCUUCGCCUUCUAUCCCGCGAUCUCGUAAAUCCCGUUCUCAGAUAACCGACCGAGCUGGAUAUAUUCAAUCGCCUGCGGUUUCUAAGCACCGCCUGCAGAUCAGGAAUCCGGCCUCGUUGAUGGAAGUAAUCUCACGGCUAUGGUCAACAAGUGGGCCUACAUCAGUUUGGAAAGCAACAAACGCAACCUUUAUGUACUCGCUGCUUCUGCCGACACUCAACACCUUUAUCCGAAGUCUUUUAUCCGCCAUCAUCGGUCUGCCCGAAAUGGGCAGCGCAUCAUCAAUCACCGAAGACAUCUUGACAGUGUCUUCUCCAAGUGCUACAUUAAUUAUAACCUUCAUCGCCUCUGCACUGUCAUCCAUUAUUCUAGCGCCUCUUGACACCGCACGCACUUUUCUCAUCGCCACCCCUCUCACACACGGCCCUCGCUCGCUUCUUCGAGCGCUACGGCUUCUCCCGACUUCAAAUUAUACCAUCCCCGUCCACCUCGUCCCGAUCACGAUCCUGCAUUCAAGUUUGCCGAAUUUGCUUUCUAUGAGCGCUCCUCUAUUCCUCAAAAACUACUUUUCAAUCGAUCCCGUUCUCAAUCCUUCCGCCUGGAGCUUGUUCAGCUUCGUAUCAACCGGUCUAGACCUUGCUGUGCGGUUCCCCUUAGAGACUGUCCUGCGGCGAGCGCAGAUUGCCACUUUCACAUCACCAGCUCUGCGUCAACGUAGUAGUAGCGUGGCGUCGGGCAAGCCGCCAAAGAGAGACAACACAGAAACAAGCACCGAAAUCGAAACAAUCGUACCAACUCCAAGGACGUACCGCGGCAUUGUCGGCACGAUGUGGAGCAUUGUGUAUGAGGAAGGUGUCUCUCCCGAAGGAGGCGAGGAAGACGCCGAACUCUCCCGACUGGUAGGCAGGCAGCAGCACCAGCGACGGCGCCGGCGACCGGGCCAGGGCAUCCAGGGACUUUAUCGUGGCUGGAGAAUGGGAAUGUGGGGAUUGGCAGGGAUAUGGGGAGCAGGCUUCCUAGGCGCUGUGGUGGGCAACGGUGAAGAGGAAAUAGUGACAUCCACCCCUGGCUUUGCGUAUCGCAAGGGGGGUGCAGCUCGGGCUUUUUGA